UAAAUUCUGACACUUGACUUUAGUCGUCGUCAAUAUGUCACCAAAUCCUUCGUAAACAAAAAUUUCGCAUUAUAAUCAUGUAAUUUUUUCGUAAUCAUAAAGUAAAAACAACCAUCCCAUCUAAAUUCAAAGUGAAAAAUACAUAUAAUGUCCAAUGAGUAAAAGAGAAAUCAUCCAGAUUCAUAUCGGACAAGCUGGAGUACAAAUAGCAAGCGCAUGUUGGGAGUUGUACUGUUUAGAACAUGGAAUUCAAGUCGACGGAAGAUUUUAUCAAGGAUACGACACCCAAGACAGCGGCUCCGAUGCUUUCUUUAGCAUUUCUUCGUCCGGGAAAGCAGUGCCGAGGGUGGUUAUGAUCGAUUUAGAACCAACAGUUAUAGAUGAGAUUCGUACUAAUUACUAUAGGCAUUUGUUCCAUCCAGAUUGUUUGCUAACAGGUAAAGAAGAUGCAGCCAACAAUUACGCACGUGGAAGGUAUAGCAUUGGAAAAGAAAUGCUAGAUUUGGCAUUAGAUCGGACAAGACUUGUUGCCAACGAGUGCCACUCCCUGCAAGGAUUUGUAAUAUUUCGAGCAUUUGGCGGUGGCACCGGAUCAGGAUUUACAACUUCUUUUUUGGAAGGUUUAUACAGCGACUAUCGCAAGACAAGCGUAUUAGAUUUUGCUGUUUUCCCAGCUCCUCGCAUCUCGCCUAUCAUAGUGGAACCAUACAACGCAGUGUUGGCCACCAACGGUGGCAUAGAGCUAGAAGAUGUGUGUUUUGUGAUGGACAACGAAGCCGUUUAUGAUAUCCUUGACAGGAAACUGGAUACUCCUCGACCAACGUAUACGAAUCCCAACAGACUUCUUGGCCAAGUAGUGUCAGCUGUCACGGCAUCUCUCAGGUUCGAAGGAGCCGUGAACGUUAGUCUAGAUGAAUUCCAAACCAACCUGGUUCCAUAUCCCAGAAUUCAUUUUCCUCUAAUAACGUAUGCGCCAUUUAUUCCGGCAAGCAAGGCGCAGCACGAGCAACUUUCGGUGGCCCAACUGACGAAUGCUUGUUUCGAACCGGCCAAUCAAAUGGUGAAAUGCGAUCCGAGGAAAGGAAAAUACAUGUCUUGCUGUCUGUUGUUUCGUGGGGAUGUAUCGCCUACUGAUGUUAAUAACAGCAUCAACAGUAUUAAGAGUCAGAGGUCUAUACAAUUUGUUGAUUGGUCUCCCACUGGUUUCAAGAUCGGUAUUAAUUAUCAGCCACCGACUACAGUACCUGGAGGCGACUUAGCUGCAGUCUCGAGAGCGGUUACAAUGUUGUCAAACACGACAGCCAUUAGGGAAGCCUGGGAGCGUCUGCUGCGUAAAUUCGACAUGAUGUACAAGAAAAGGGCGUUCGUACAUCACUACGUGGGGGAGGGAAUGGAAGAAGGCGAAUUCAAAGAUGCGAGGGAGGAUUUGGCCGCCCUGGUGUUGGAUUAUAAGGAGGUCGAUAGCGGAUAAACAUUAGCACAUGAAACGCAUUAUUCAUGAUCAUUCAUCAAUAAAGGAAACUAUUAACUAUA